GCCACCCCUCCAAGGGCUGCAGCUUCCCCCGGCUUGCUUCUUUCUCUUCUCAAGCCCUCCCUUGCGCUCACUCUGUGAUUCGUACUCGCGCCUAAGUUUGCAGAGAGCUCGCUGCCGGCUCGGAGCCGGGUCCGGCCAGGAGCCGCGGGCGGGGUCGGGAAGCCAGUGAACGGCAAUCCAGAAGCAUCGUGGGCCAUGUAUAUUUCAUCAAAUGGACUUUGGGUGCGUCGCGUCUCGCAACCAUCAACGCUAUGUGCAGUGACAUUUCUGACUUGAGUGGAGGAAUGCGCGAAGGAAGCCCGGACGAAAUUGGUACUAGAGGAUCUUAUUGGCGCCAAUGCUAAUUGUCCUGAUUUAUGUCCCUUCUGACUAAGCUCAACGUCUUCGUCUGAAAUAAAAUGAAACCUGUGCCAAGCGGGGUAGAACCACCGGGCCGCUGGUUCUGAUCCCCGGGAAUCAGGAAAUCGUCCUGCAGCUGAAAAAAUUAAAAAAAAAAAAAAGGAUAGAGAAAAAAUAGAAAAAAAAAUCCCUCAGUAAAAGUUUAAGGCGAGAAGUGGCAGAGGCAGUGGCGCGAGGAGGCGCGGAGGAGAGCCGGCAAGCAGAGGACUGGGCUGGCAAGACCUCCCGAAGGCUGCGAUUUCAUUAUUAAUAUCACUAUAUUUUUGGAGGGAGAGGCACCUUUCUCAUCUUCUCUUCCUCUCCGCCCGCCCCUAUACCCUCCCCCUCAUCUACCUGUCAAAGUCACUGAUCUUUUGCAUUUCGGAAGAGGACGUCAACGGGAAGGAAUUCCCCCUCUCGGCUAGGGCUCCGAGAGGGGGCUACGCGCAGGAGGCUCCCACCACUCCCCGGGGCCGGAGGCGAAGGGUGUUGGUGCCAGAAGAGAAGAAUGAUUGAUGGGAAGCAGACACCGAGCUAUAGACACUCAUCCUUUUGCUUCAGAUACUGAUACCUCAGUACGCCUGAGCAACGCUUAUGAGCCGUGAGCAUCUAGGAUCACCCAGGGUUAUUGGAUGUACAAUAGGAGAGCCAUCAUUUUGCUAGAUCAUUAUCUGCUGCUGGACAUCUUUUACAAAAACCAAACUAGACCCAAGUCUAAUAGAUAUGUUCUAAGACAAUGAAAAAGCUGCAAGUUGUUGCUAAUGCCUAAUGCACAAGUAUGCUAGGUUUCCACCAAAGUCCUCAAUAUACCUGAACACGCGCAAUAUCCGAAUCCUUCACUUUUAGUUUUGGAAUCUACUUUGAAGUCUCAUCCUCUUUUUUCUGUUUGUUUUUUGUUACAUAUACAAACCUACCUACCUAUAGACAUACAUGUAUAUGUAAAAUAGAGACCACAGAUAAUCAAACCCGGCUUUUGUUACCACGAAGAUUGCCAAGAAUUCAGAGAUGUAUUUGUCAAGAUUCCUGUCAAUUCAUGCCCUUUGGGUUACAGUGUCCUCAGUGAUGCAGCCCUACCCUUUGGUGUGGGGACAUUAUGAUGUGUGUAAGACUCAGAUUUACACAGAAGAAGGGAAAGUUUGGGAUUAUAUGGCCUGUCAGCCGGAAUCCACAGACAUGACAAAAUAUCUGAAAGUGAAACUGGAUCCUCCGGACAUUACCUGUGGAGACCCUCCUGAGACAUUCUGUGCAAUGGGCAACCCCUACAUGUGCAAUAAUGAGUGUGAUGCAAGUACCCCGGAGCUGGCACAUCCACCUGAGCUGAUGUUUGAUUUUGAAGGAAGACAUCCCUCUACAUUUUGGCAGUCUGCUACUUGGAAAGAGUAUCCCAAGCCUCUCCAGGUUAACAUCACUCUGUCUUGGAGCAAAACUAUUGAGCUCACAGACAACAUAGUUAUUACCUUUGAAUCGGGGCGUCCAGACCAAAUGAUCCUGGAGAAAUCUCUUGAUUACGGACGAACAUGGCAGCCCUAUCAGUAUUAUGCCACAGACUGCUUAGAUGCUUUCCACAUGGAUCCUAAAUCCGUGAAGGAUUUAUCACAGCAUACGGUCUUAGAAAUCAUUUGCACCGAAGAGUACUCCACAGGGUAUAUGACCAACAGCAAAAUAAUCCACUUUGAAAUCAAAGAUAGGUUCGCGUUUUUUGCCGGACCUUGGCUACGCAAUAUGGCUUCCCUCUACGGACAACUGGAUACAACCAAGAAACUCAGAGAUUUCUUCACUGUCACAGACCUGAGGAUAAGGCUUUUGAGACCUGCCGUUGGGGAAAUAUUUGUAGACGAGCUACACUUGGCACGCUACUUCUACGCCAUCUCAGACAUAAAGGUUCAUGGAAGGUGCAAAUGUAAUCUCCAUGCCACUGUGUGUGUGUAUGACAACAGCAAAUUGACCUGUGAAUGUGAGCACAACACUACAGGUCCAGACUGUGGGAAAUGCAAGAAGAAUUAUCAGGGCCGACCUUGGAGUCCAGGCUCGUAUCUCCCCAUCCCCAAAGGCACUGCAAAUACCUGUAUCCCCAGUAUUUCCAGUAUUGGCAAGUGUUAUUGUAACCCUUUGGGCUCAGUCCAUGAUCGUUGUAAUGGCUCAGGAUUUUGUGAGUGUAAGACUGGAACAACAGGGCCUAAGUGUGAUGAGUGUCUGCCGGGAAAUUCCUGGCACUACGGCUGUCAACCGAAUGUCUGCGACAACGAGCUCCUGCACUGCCAGAACGGAGGGACGUGCCACAACAACGUGCGCUGCCUGUGCCCCGCCGCGUACACGGGCAUCCUGUGCGAGAAGCUGCGGUGUGAGGAAUCGGGCAGCUGCGGCUCCGACUCGGGCCAGGGCGCGCCCUCGCGCGGCUCCCCCGCGCUGCUGCUGCCGCUGGCCGCUCUGCUGGGGACAGCCGGCCCCCUGGCGAUCUAGGCGGCGCGUCCAGCCACCAGAUGGGUCCGGCCGUGGGGAAGCAAACACAGCCCCAGCAUUUGCUACUAACAUAGGAAACCCACCCUCAGACCCCCCCACUCAAACACAGUGUACAAACUAAGAAGGCCCAACUGAACUAAGCCAUAUAUAACAGCCGUGGACAGCACACCGGAGUCAAGACUGGUAAUUUCUGACUCCAGAGGCGUUGGCAGCUGCUGAUAGUAUCCCUGCAAAUCACAUUGCCCGCUGCAGAGCUUAUCGCCGAUUGGAAAGGCUGUGACAGCCCCCCGAAAGGAACGACAGAAAACAACAACAAAUCAACCAACCUAAAAACAUUGGCUACUCGCACGUGGUGUGCCCCACGCACCACCCGGCCCCGUGUGUGAACCAACCAAACUGAAGCAUCCUUUGCUGGCAGUGCAUUGUGGGUCUAAGGAAGUGUGUUACAAGCUGCCAUAUUGGCCUGCUUCAGUCCCUGAACCCCUUCCAACCUGUGCUUUGGUGAACGUUGCUCUGUAACCCUCGUUGGUUGAAAGAUUUCUUUGUCUGGUGUUAGUAAUGCACAUGUGUAACAGCCCCCCUUCAAAAGCUCAAGCCAGUCGUACCCCGUAUAUCUUAGCAGCACUGGGUCCACCCAGUGCUAGCACACAUCCACUGUCCAAGAGUGGCUGUAGGAAAAAAGAGAAAGUGUAUCUAUCCUUUUGUAUUCAAAUGAAGUUAUUUUUCUUGAAAUACUGUAAUAUGUAGAUUUUUUGUAUUCUUGCCAAUUUGUGUUACCAGACAAUCUGUUAAUGUAUCUAAUUCAAAUCAGCAAAGACUGACAUUUUAUUUUGUCCUCUUUCCUUCUGUUUUGUUUCAUUGUGCAGAGAUUUCUCUGUAAGGGCAACGAACUUGCUGGCAUCAAAGAAUAUCAGUUUACAUAUAUAACAAGUGUAAUAAGAUUCCACCAAAGGACAUUCUAAGUGUUUUCUUGUUGCUUUAACACUGGAAGAUUUAAAGAAUAAAAAUUCCCGCAUAAACGAUUUCAGGAAUUUGUAUUGCGAUUUCUUAAGAUGAAAGGAGAAGCCACCAAGCAGAUUCACACUCGCUUUACUGAUUUCUAUGUGGACUGAAUACACUCAGCUGAUGAAUUUAGUAACCAGAAAGGUGGAUUGGUGUUCACUAGCUUGGACAACUUCUGCAAAAUAUGAGACUAUUUCUACUUGGGAAAAAUUAUAACAGAAAAAAAAAAAUCUAAGUGAUUGCCAAGAUUAUGCCAAAGCCUGUUGGCAGAGUACUAAGAGACUUUUAUUUUUAAGUCAUGCUAUUUUCACAGAUUGAUGUGAUCAUGUGACUCUAGGGAUGCUGAUCUAUGUAUCUUUCCAAUUACAGUGUUUACAUGGAGUAUCAUAAGAGGCAACCUGGGGAACCAGGAAAGUCGCAGGGAAAUUGAGUGAUUAGCAAUUUGACUUUGAAUAUAUUCAGACUAAGUAUUUACAGAAAUAUCAAAAUAUACAGCAGCAAGUAGACAUAACUGCUCUUCCUGAGAAUAAAGUUUGUUUUAAGUACUGCCCAAGGUGUAAUCAAUUCUUGUUUCUGCCUUUUAUUAGGCCAAUUACUGUGCAAAACAGCAAGGCAGGGAGAGGAGGGGAGAAGCACUGCAAAGUUUCAAAGUGACUAAAACAGUGUGUAUUCCAUUCCCAGCACACUGUUGUCCUACAGGUUACAAAUGUGUUCGCAGCAGCAUCUUCUGGCAUCAAAAACAAUUAACAGCCCAAGCCAGAGUCUGAAGGACAGUGAAGUCUUACAUGACUUGGUAGAGCAAUAGCCUAUGAUGGUGUUAGGUCAGAAGCCCACUUCCAGUCUGAAUUCUUCACCCUCCCGCCACUCUUUGCUGAAAUUGGGGUAGGGGGAGUCUUCUGACAAAUAUCCUCGGUAAAAACUAGACUAAGGAACAGCGUGUCUUAUUGGUUUUGUUCCCAGAAAAACCAAUUCAAAGAAGGCAAUAAAAGGUAAACAGGUAACGCCUGUGCUGCCUGCCAUCCCACGUCUAAGUCGAUUGAAUGUUUGUUAUUCAAACCCACAGUCUCUUUUGAUGUAAGAAAUAAGAAAAGAUAGAAAUAAAUUAGAGCUCUGGCUUAGUGCCGGCGUGGCCAACCAGAAACUGGAGAUUUACAUUAGAAGCAUAAACAGCAAAUUAUAUUUCAGGCUCACCAAAGACUACACAUGAAAAUGCCAAUAACAUACAGUUUGAGAUUACCUAUAAUGAGGUGGAUUUCUAAUAUUAAAAUUGGAGUUGUCUUAUAGUUUAUUAGCACAAACCAAAGGUAGACUGUGUUAUUUCCAGCAAUGAUGCACUUUAUUAUUACCCACUCAUGGCUUUGUCCCUAUGCUCAGGAAUCAGACUGCACAUUUCAAUACAUGGUAUUUGAAAGCUAAUUCUAACAUUUAAUGAAGGCCUGAUCUAAAUCAAUUCAUCUGCCUUUUAUCUUUAUGAAGCUAUAAGAAUCUAAAUUGA